AUGGCAUCAACGGAGAGUGCUUCGAGAGAUUUCAGGCUCAGACCAGAACAGUUGUCUGAGCUGCAUGAUCCGAAAUCGCUUUCGGCGUUUGACAGCUUGUUUGACCACGAUUCUGCCAACCUUUGCAAGUAUUUGCAGACGGAUGCCGUUAAGGGCUUAACUAUACAAGAUGAAGACGUGACGCAAACAUCGCGAUACGAGCUGUACGGCGACAACAGGAUUCCACAACGCAAGGCCAAGCCUUUCUGGAGGCUAGCCUGGGAGGCAUUUCAAGACCAAACAAUGAUUUUACUAUCGGUUGCAGCGGUAGUGUCAUUUGCCCUGGGUCUUUACGAAACUUUGGGCCAACCAGCAGAGUACGAUCAUGAGGGUAAGAAAAUCACCAAAGUUGACUGGGUCGAAGGUGUAGCUAUCAUGAUUGCUGUCCUGGUGGUCAUUUUAGUGGGCUCGGCAAACGACUACCAAAAAGAACGCCAGUUUGCACGUCUCAACGAGAAAAAAAGCGAUCGCGAAAUCGUGGUACUGAGAGGGGGCGAUGAGCACCUUAUUUCCAUUCAUGAUUUGUUAGUUGGCGAUCUAAUCACCCUGCAAACAGGUGAUGUUGUCCCCGCUGACUGCAUUCUUGUCGACGGAAAUUGUGCGUGUGACGAGUCUGCCUUGACUGGUGAGUCUGAAACGAUAAAGAAGAUAUCCCUGGAGUUAGCGUUCAAUAAAUAUAAAGAGCUUUCAGAAAAUGAUGCGGGCAUCGACAUUGGCGGACGCUUCAAGGGUGAAAAGGUUCCAGAUCCGUUACUCAUUUCAGGGUCGAAGCUUCUGUCCGGUCUGGGACGGGCCGUAGUUACUUCAGUAGGAGUAAACUCGAUCAAUGGAAGAACGCUAAUGGCGUUAAAGGUAGAGCCAGAGUCUACUCCGUUGCAGGAAAGACUUGACGGACUCGCCAACAGUAUUUCUGUUUACGGAUCGGUUGCAGCUCUCAUACUGUUCAUCAUCCUUUUUGGUCGAUUUUUGUCUUAUUUGCCUUCGGGCAAAAGGUAUCACGAUUUAACACCGGCGCAAAAGGGCUCUAAGUUCAUGAAUAUCUUUAUCACCGCAGUCACGGUUAUAGUUGUGGCCGUCCCUGAGGGUUUACCUCUAGCUGUAACAUUAGCUCUUGCUUUUGCAACGACGCGAAUGACCAAGGAUGGUAAUCUUGUCAGGGUUCUUAGAGCUUGCGAAACAAUGGGUUCGGCCACUGCAGUCUGCUCUGAUAAAACAGGUACUUUGACCGAAAAUAGGAUGACGGUGGUAAGAGGAUUUAUAGGAACCACCUCUUUUGACGGUGCUGAAUCUUUGGAAUCUUAUGAGUCUUCUACCGAGGAGAGAGAUGUUGAAGACGCUUUGGCUACGGCUUGUGACGAGAAGGUGAAAAAGAAUGUUCUCAUUAACAUCGCCCUCAACUCCACCGCUUUUGAGAAUAAGCAAGUUACAGAAGAAGCUGAAUCGCAUGAAAAUCCUUUCCAUAAAUCGGCGAGAUCUUUGUUUCCCUGGAGUCGCAAUAAUAAACAAAAGGCUAGCACUCAGAAUGAUCUCAUCGAUACCAUUGACAGCGUACAGAAAGAACCAUUUAUUGGCUCCAAGACCGAAACAGCUCUACUUUCGUUUGCCAAGAAAGAUUUAGGAAUGACUGACCUGCACGGUUUGAGAGAUGAUCCGCAGCGCUUGGGCAUCGAGAAAAUAGUUCAGAUUAUACCUUUCGAAAGCUCGAGAAAAUGGGGAGGUAUAGUAACCAGAAACGAGGACGGCCUUUAUCGAUUCUAUAUCAAAGGUGCCGCAGAGUUGGUAUUGAAAAGAUGUAAGAAGAUAAACGAUUCUGCUGGCAAUACAGGUGUUCUGACCCCUGAGGCACUUGAGGACAAAGGCGAAACUAUACGAAAUUUAGCAGCAGAUGCCCUAAGAGCCAUAUCCCUUGCUCAUCAAGAUUUCCCUAAUUGUCAUAGUUGGCCACCUGAGCAUUUGAAAGAUAACAUUGAUUCUACUAUCGCCUCACCAGAACUCAUUUUCGGUCAGGACCAAAGACAAGAUGUACCCUCAGGCACUUUCAAUACGACAGUGUCCUGUGAAGAUGAGGGUUUUACUUUAGAUGCGAUCGUUGGGAUUCAAGAUCCGCUUCGAAAGGGCGUAAAAAAGUCGGUUGAACAAUGCCAGAAAGCAGGCGUGACAGUUAGAAUGGUAACAGGCGACAACAUUUUGACUGCUACUGCUAUCGCGAGAAAUUGCAGCAUUCUAUCACCGGAGGAGAGCAAGGAUCCUGACAGCGCAAUGGAAGGACCCAAGUUCCGUAAGCUUUCUCCGAAGGAGCGCAUACGAAUCCUGCCGAAACUUCGGGUUCUUGCCAGAUCUUCACCAGAAGACAAAAGGGUCCUAGUUGAAACUUUGAAAAAGAUGGGUGACGUGGUGGGUGUCACAGGUGAUGGCACCAAUGAUGCUCCCGCUUUAAAGUUGGCAGAUGUUGGAUUUUCUAUGGGUAUUACGGGAACUGAAGUUGCGAGAGAGGCUUCUGAUAUUAUCUUAAUGACUGAUGAUUUCUCUGCGAUUGUUAAUGCUAUUAAAUGGGGUAGAUGUGUUUCUACGUCAAUCAAAAAGUUUAUCCAAUUCCAGCUCACCGUCAAUAUCACCGCUGUUGUGUUGACAUUUGUUUCUGCUAUCGCCUCAAGUGAGGAGAGUUCUGUGUUAACUGCAGUACAAUUGCUCUGGGUUAACCUGAUUAUGGACACAUUAGCUGCACUUGCGUUGGCUACCGAUAAGCCAGAUGAGCAUAUCCUCGAGCGUAAACCAAAGGGACGUGAUGCUGUUUUGAUUGCAGUCUCGACAUGGAAGAUGAUUUUAGGUCAGGCCGCUCUGCAGCUUACCGUAACAUUCACCUUGCAUUUCGCGGGAGCGAAAAUAUUCUUUCCUCAUAAGAAAACCCUGACGGGCCACGAAUUACAGCAGCUAAAUGCCAUGACCUUCAACACAUUUGUCUGGCUACAGUUUUUUAAGCUGAUAGUGACCAGAAAACUCGACGAGGCUGACGGUAUCCGAAAGGUGCGUGACAGGGUUACGGCGUCAAACUUGGAUUUUUUCCAGGAUCUCUUCCGCAACUAUUACUUCCUAGCAAUCAUUGGUUUUAUUGGAGGGUUUCAGGUUCUUAUUAUGUUCGUCGGAGGCGCUGCCUUUUCUAUCGCCAGACAAACACCCGCUAUGUGGGCCACUGCUGUGAUAUGCGGUCUACUCUCCCUCCCUGUCGGUGUUCUGAUCCGUAUAAUUCCUGAUGAGUGGGUCCUCAAAGUAUUCCCAGUUAAAUUGGUGAAUGCUAUCCUUUACAUCCUAGGUUUCAAGUUCCUAAAAAAAUCCGGCAGAAAGUCAGAAGAUGAAGAGUCUUUACUAUGCCAAGAUGGUGAUGCCACACUCGUCAGCUCUUCAGCUUUUGAAAGAGCAAAAAACGAGAUGACUCUGGCUAAAGGUCAUUGUGUUGAGGGGAAUAGGUUGAAUCCGAUUCAUGCAUUUAAAAAGUGGAGGCGGAGCAAUUCAUCGACGGGAUCUGAGCUUGAAGAUCAUUCUUUCAUCGCCUCCGUAACUAUGGUGCCUACCUUGGUAGGAGGUGCUGUGGGCGGUUUUUCCCACAUAUCUGCCAAUGAAAACGAUGACCUCGACAAGAAGUCGACUUGA